AUGUUUGACAUUUUACGCGUUGUUAACUGUCAAAUGUUUCUCAAACUCUUUGACGCAAAGUUGACGUUUAUAAAUUUUGAAACGUUUGUACGUUUUAAAAUAGCCUAAAACAAUUUAAAAUUAACUUGCUAUAUUUACAAAAAUAACACAAUGACGCGUAGGAGAACGGCGGCAUCUAAAGCAGUAACGUGGCUCAGUGAAGAAAUACAUGAUUCCAGUACUGUCUCAAAUUCAUUUCAUUAUUACGAAAAAUUCAAAUUCGGUAACAUAAUUGGACAAAUUGGAGACUAUGUGCUCAUAUCUAAUGCUGAUGCUGCGGAACCGGACACAGAGGCCGGCUGUGACGCUGCCCGGAUUGUAGCUUUGUAUGAAGAUAGCUCUAACAAGAACGAUCCAUUUAGAGCAAAAGUGGUUUGGUACACGCGACCAAGUGACUUGCCCAACUGGUGCUUUCAGUAUACAGAGCCUAUCAGCUUCCUUGAGACUGAAGUAAUAGAGGACCAUCGCCCAUUUAACACCAAUGUAUCAAUAGAAACUUUCUUUAAAAAAUGUUUUAUUAACCUUACAUUCACAAAAGACUGGGAUGAAAACAAUAAACCUCUUCACUAUAUUUGCCGAUACCGUCUUAUGUCUUUAAGUAAAAGGAAAACAUUGUUUGAGCCAGUUUUAGAACAAGAGAGGAGAGCUCUGGCACUUUUAAGUACACCUGCCAAAAAUACCGCAUUACCAAAAGCCAGAACACCUAAAACCCCAAAUAGCUUAAUAAAAAGAAUGAGUAAGGUAUCUCUAUCAGAGCAAAAAAACUGGAGUAUAUCCAAGAAUGAUGGUACAAAACUCCUGCUCAAAAGAGCCAUACUGGCUGAUAAAAAUGAAAAAGACUCGCCAAAAAAAAAUACGCCGAAAGAUAUCCUGAAAUUAGAUAGUACACCAAAAUCUGCUCUGGAAACACCAAAGAGUUCGAAGAAACUUAGCAAAGCUAAUAUAGAAGAUGUGCUGUCUAUGGAAUUGCAAGAGCAUUCUGAUGAAGAACUGCCAACAUUGAUUAUACGACAGCAUGUACCUACCACACCGAAACGCAAACAGUCUGUAACAAAGACUGAUUCAGAUACUCCUAAAAGAACAUUGCUAUUUGAUGAUGAGGAAAAAGCUUAUGCUACUAGAUCUGGUCGCGUUACGAAGAAUCCUGUUAAUUAUAUGGAACAGGAAGUGUCCCCCAUUAAAAGUACUCCGAAAAGAGUUCCACGCAAGGUAUCAGAAAGUGAUGACGAUUUCAAACCUGGACCAAAGACUCCUAAAACCCCUAGAACGCCCAGAACUCCCAGAGGAACAAAUACACCAAAACGUAGCGUUACAAAGAGGAUAUUGACAAGCCAGUUAACGCCUACCUUACGUGCUAGAGCACAUUCAGUUGAUAAUAUUGAUGAAAAUGCGAAAGAGAAUAAGUCUUUACCAGGUCGCGAAAAUCAAAUGGAUGAGAUUCUUUCGUUUGUAAGAACAAAGUUGCUAGAUGGAUCAAGUGGUUGUAUGUACAUAUCAGGGGUGCCAGGGACAGGAAAAACUGCAACAGUAUGUUCAGCUUUACGAAUCCUUAAGGAAGAGGUGGAUCUCCCUGAUUUCCAACUGGUUGAAGUGAAUGGCAUGAGGAUUGCAGAACCUAGGCAAGCUUACGUGCAAAUAUACAAACAGCUUACGGGGAAGACAGUGGUGUGGGAGCAAGCAUGUUCCUUAUUAGAAAAACGAUUUACAAACCCUGGACCUAGAAGAACACCAACUGUACUAUUAGUGGAUGAGUUGGACGCCCUAUGUACGCGGAGACAAGACGUCCUAUAUAGUAUAAUGGAGUGGGCGGCACAUAACACAGCACUACUCACAGUGUUAGCUGUCGCCAACACCAUGGACCUCCCUGAGCGAGCGCUGGCAUCACGCGUUGCCUCACGACUUGGACUCACGCGACUCACGUUCCCACCCUACACGCACACACAGCUGCAACGGAUUGUAGCGACGAGACUCGCCGAUGCAAAUGUUACUGCUGAUGCGGUACAGUUGAUUGCAAGGAAAGUAGCCGCAGUGUCAGGCGACGCUCGACGCGCGUUAGCUCUUUGUGCCCGUGCUCUGGAACUUGCGGGGCCUGAGGGAGCAGGACUGAAGGAGGUACAACAGGCUCUAGGAGAAGCAGCGUCCAGUGCUGCUGUAAGAGCAAUAAGGAAUUGUUCUCCAGCUGAACGACUUAUGCUCAGGGCUGUUGCUGCAGAGGUUGAACGGACAGGCUCAGACGAAACAACAUUAUCUCGGGCGCUAUCUACUGCAGCGGCCAUCGUAGCUCUCGACGGUCGCCCCUAUAAGUCCGCCGCCCACAUCCGCGCCCCCACCCCUUCUCAAGCACAGGCAAUAUGCACCCGUCUGGCAGCAAUCAGAUUAUUACUGUUGGAACCCAAACCCGCUGAACCCAGGCUCCUGCUCAACGUUAGCGCCGAUGAUGUACAUUACGCCACCAGGCAGAUUACUGUGUGAUUAGUCGAUUGUUUUUUGAAUUAGUCGAUUUUAUAAAUUAUCGAUUAAAUUUUCACGUACAUUCCUAAUCUUAUACUCGUACAGAGAUAUUUGUACUACACAAGUCGUUGAUACGGCUAGGCUGUGACUAUCUUAUCUAAUCCUUGAUGUUCUGUUGAGUGGUCUGCCUUAUUUUUACAAAUAUUGAAGGGUUGUCUGGUAAAAAAUGUGUUUGGAAUAAAUGGACUUAUUUUUUGUAAUGAAAUAUCAGAAUAUUGUGCUCGAAAAUGUUCUGUAAUUUAAUAUGUUUUGAAAGUGGAUAAAUAAAUACAGUAAACAAUAA